AUGCCUAAUAGUGCAUUCGUUGUAUUUGUCAUUCUGGACUUCCUCAAUGUCCUGACUGCUGAACACCUCGUUCGCACGAGCGAGCGUGGCUCUAAGUCUGCCAUCGACGCCGCUCGCAAUCUAAAAAGUGCCCUUGGAGCGACUGAAGCAGCUGGGGGCUCGGCAAACGCAGCGGAAGAAGAGAGAGGUUGGGCGGACGUCGCGGAGAAGUUGGAGAGGACGAACGUCCUCAAGAAUGCAGAAGAAUAUAAAGGCGAGGACGCUGCGAAGUGGCAAAAGGCUGCCAAGGAGGUAGCGACGCGAGGCAAACUCGAAAGGUCGAAAGCUGCGAAAGCCAGAUGGGGGAACGCGCUGAUGAAGCUCAAGGCGGGAGGCAAAGUCACUGCGACCAACGAGGAAAAGAUCGAAAAAGUCACGGAAGAAGCUGCGCAGGCGAUCGAAAAGAAUCCCAAGAAGUGGUCAUACAUUAAGAAGGCGCUGGAGAUUACGUUCGGGGUAGGCAUUGCUGCCAUUAUUGCACUUGGUAUCGAAGGGAUGAUAGGAAGCUCAGCGUAA